AUGUUAGCUGCUAAUGACACCAAAUUCAAUUCUACGGUAUUCCUUCUUUCGGGGAUUCCUAGGCAGGAAAGCAUGCACCCCUGGAUUUCUAUCUCCUUCUGCAUGAUGUACACUAUCUCAAUUAUAGGAAAUUCAGUCAUUCUGUUCAUUAUAAAAACAGAUCCAACCCUCCAUGAGCCCAUGUACAUUUUCCUUUCCAUGUUGGCUGUCACAGACAUUGGCUUAUCGAUAACCACCAUGCCAACAACAUUGGGUGUAUUUUUGUUUAACUCUAGAGAGAUCAGCCUGGAUGCCUGUUUUGCCCAGCUGUUCUUUGUCCACUUGUUUUCACACACUGAAUCCUCCAUGCUCCUGUUGAUGGCCUAUGACCGCUUCAUGGCAAUCUGCAACCCGCUGAGAUAUGCUUCCAUCUUAACCCUGCCGAGAAUAGCCAAGAUGGGGCUAGUGUUUGUGCUAAGAGCAGUGUUCUUAGUAUUCCCACUCCCCUUUCUGCUGAAACGGUUCCAAUAUUGUCGAUCCAAUGUCGUCUCCCACUCCUACUGCCUGCACCAAGACGUCAUGAAGCUGGCUUGUGCGGACAUCACUGUCAACAUCAUCUAUGGUUUGACUGUCAAAAUCUUUGCUCUAGGGUUGGACUCAUUGCUCAUUUUACUUUCCUAUGGGAUGAUCCUCAAGACUGUGCUGAGUGUUGCAUCUUCUACAGAGUGUUUCAGGGCCCUGAACACUUGUGUCUCCCACUUCUGUGCUGUCCUGAUCUUCUUCAUACCUGACAUUGGCUUGUCCAUGGUACACAGAUUCGGAAACAGCUCUUCUCACUUGCUUCAGAGUCUCAUGGGCUACGUCUACAUGCUGGUCCCGCCCCUGAUGAAUCCAAUCGUGUACAGUGUGAAAAACGAACACCUUCGUUCAAGGAUACUCAAGGAAGGAAAGUUCAGAAUUACUUGGACCUGUUGAAUACAUGAUGUCAGCUGCCAAUGACACCACAUUCCAAUCUACCGUG